CUCCUUAAACCCUAAAAUCAAAAUUGCGAAUAAAUAAACCCUACUUCUGUUGGUUUAGUUUUGCCUCCUUUAUUUUUCGACUCAUAAGAAAAGCGAUGGGAGGAAGCGACAGUGAAGUAGAGAAAUCAGCACACAAGGAGAAGGAAAAGAAGAAGCUUCAGGCCUUAGCUCCAAUCGCUAAACCCCUUGCUGGCAAAAAACUCUCCAAACGUACCCUCAAACUCGUCCGCAAAGCUGCCGAACACAAAUGCUUGAAAAGAGGAGUCAAGGAGGUCGUGAAGAGCAUCAGACGCGGUAAUAAAGGGGUGUGUGUUAUUGCUGGAAACAUAACUCCAAUCGAUGUGAUAACUCAUGUUCCAAUUCUAUGUGAAGAAGCAGAGAUACCAUAUGUGUAUGUGACAUCAAAAGAAGAUCUAGCAAAUGCAGGUGCAACAAAGAGGCCAACAUGCUGUGUUUUGGUGCUCCCAAAGCCAACAAAGGGAGAACUUGGAGAGGAAAUCCAGCAAAAACUCAAAACUGAAUAUGAUGAAGUUGCUACAGAAAUAACUUCACUUGCUGCAUCUUUGUUUUGAUUUUGAUUGAGAAUACAAUUGUUUGUAUCUUUCCUUACUUAACUUAAAUCAUGCACUUGAAUUUAUCAGUAUCAGUAUCAGUAUCAGUUGUUUAAAUUUGUCACUAAGCCGGUCAUGCUAUUUUAAAUAUUCAUGAACAAAAACAAGCACAUCAAUCUGGUAUUUUUAACCAAAAAAGUUAAUCUAUAUUCCAAUUUUCAUGGUAGUUUUGGUAUUAUACUAGUACGACUAGCUAUCCUAGAAGGGUGUUGUUAAAGGAUCAACAAAUAUGGAAUUAUUUAACCAAAAUAUUAUGUCUUUCAUCAUUUUUAGU